UGGGGCCUGAGAUUCUUUCGAACGGGAGCUUUGCUUCACAUGACGCAGAGCGAAGUGUCAACUGGGAUAUUUCUGGUAAAACUGAAAGCAAGAGAAGUGUCAGGAGGGUACCAGCCCCCGUGGGACACUGGAGGGGAGUAGGGGGCGUUUGGGUGGCAUCCCCAAGAGACAGAUGGAUGGACCUUUCAUCUGAGAGAAAGGAGGAGACACAUUGGCAAGUCAACCUCAAACUCAAGAUUGCUUCUGAAGCAAUCAUCAAGGGGGAGAAAGAACACAAAAGCUAGUGGGAAAGAUCGAAAAGGCAAGAAGUGUGCGAAUUGUGACAGGCUUGCUACUCCACCAGCUGCUCUCCCAAACCGGAAGCAAAAUGUCCCUGAAGUUGCCAAGGAACUGGGAUUUCAACCUGAAGAUGGAGGCUGGGAAAAUAGCUCGGUCGAGGAGCGUGAUGACCGGCGAGCUGAUGGCAGCCUUCCACCCCCCGGCCACCCCCAACCCGCUGGAGCGGCCCAUCAAGAUGGGCUGGCUGAAGAAGCAGAGGUCCAUUGUGAAGAACUGGCAGCAGAGGUACUUUGUGCUGAGGGCACAGCAGCUCUACUACUACAAGGACGAAGAGGACACGAAGCCACAGGGCUGCAUGUAUCUACCAGGAAGUACCAUCAAGGAGAUUGCCACAAACCCAGAUGAAGCUGGGAAGUUUGUCUUUGAAGUCAUUCCAGCCUCAUGGGACCAGAACCGCACGGGACAGGACUCCUACGUCCUCAUGGCCAGCUCCCAGGCGGAGAUGGAGGAGUGGGUUAAAUUCCUCAGGAGAGUCGCCGGCACACCCUCUGGAGCGGUGUUUGGGCAGCGCUUGGAUGAGACCGUGGCCUAUGAACAGAAAUUCGGGCCCCACCUUGUGCCCAUCCUGGUGGAGAAGUGUGCGGAAUUCAUCCUGGAGCACGGCCUGCAUGAGGAGGGCAUCUUCCGCCUGCCUGGGCAGGACAACCUGGUGAAGCAGCUGAGAGAUGCGUUUGACGCCGGGGAGCGGCCCUCCUUUGACAGAGACACAGAUGUGCACACGGUGGCCUCCUUGUUAAAACUCUACCUCCGAGACCUCCCGGAGCCCGUGGUUCCCUGGAGCCAGUAUGAGGGCUUCCUCCUCUGUGGGCAGCUCAUGAAUGCAGAUGAGACGAAGGCUCAGCAAGAGUUGAUCAAGCAGCUCGCCAUACUUCCUCGUGACAACUACAGCCUCCUGAGCUACACCUGCAGGUUCCUGCAUGAGAUCCAACUGAACUGCGCUGUUAACAAGAUGAGCGUGGACAAUCUGGCCACUGUGAUUGGCGUGAAUCUCAUCAGGUCGAAGGUGGAAGACCCUGCUGUGAUCAUGAGAGGGACUCCUCAGAUCCAAAGGGUGAUGACCAUGAUGAUCCGAGACCAUGAUGUCCUCUUCCCCAAGUCCAAGGAUGCACCCCUGUCUCCCCCUGCCCAGAAAAAUGACCCUAAGAAGCCUCCAGUGGCACGAAGCUCAGUGGGCUGGGAUGCCACCGAGGACCCCUCAAUCUCUCGGACAGACAGCUUCAAUAACACGAUCAGUGACUCAGACGCAACCAGCCCCACCGGACCACAGCCGAGCGACGGGUGUCUGGAGGAGAGCAGCAUGUCCUCCAGGGAAAAGCCAGGAGACUGGAAGCUGCAGUCGCGGAAAAGGACUCAGACGCUCCCUAACCGGAAAUGUUUUUUGACUUCCGCUUUGCAAGGGGCCAACAGCAACAAAGGGGAGAUACUUAAAAACGAGUUCUGGUCUCCUUCUGCAGAGGCGAAGGCAGCGGAAGGGCACCGGAGAACCCUGUCUCAAGACGUGCGCCACCUUUCCGACCCCCAGAGGACUUCCACCUACGAUAACGUCCCCAGGGGCCAAGUGGGUGCACCCUCUUCCCAAGCCUGUGACUCCAAGGGAGAUCCUCUUGCCAGCCCAAAUUCUGAAGCCGGGCCUGAAAAAAAGGACUCUGGAGAAGAGGAACCUGAAUCUUUGCAAAGGUUGGUCCAAGAACUACGAAAGGAGAUAGAAACACAGAAACAAAUGUAUGAGGAACAGAUUAAAAGCCUUGAGAAAGAAAAUUACGAUGUCUGGGCUAAGGUGGUGAGGCUCAAUGAAGAACUGGAGAAAGAGAAGAAGAAGUUCACAGCCUUGGAAAUCAGUUUCCGCAAUGUGGAGCGCUCCCGGGAGGAUGUUGAGAAAAGGAACAAGGUAUUGGAAGAAGAAGUCAAGGAGUUUGUUAAAUCGAUGAAGCAGCCCAAGACUGAUGCUUAAGGUCCCAGAAAUCCCAAAGGUGACAGGCCCGGGAGAGGCCCAACACGGCUGCCUUUCUUAGUCCCACCCGAUGGCUUGGAAGCAAAAUUACCCCCUGAGAGGGAAAGGACAUUUUGGGGGGAAAACAUCGCAUUUCCCAGUGAAUAAAUCAAUGGAAUUUGCAGGAUGAUGAGUGUGAGCAGGGACACAUGUGUGCACAUCUCUCACUGCCCUUGCUGUGUUCGAAGGGGUUGGUUGCGUAUUUCACCUUGGCCUUGGAGUCUGCCGACACUGGAUGAUGAUGUCCGGGGGAGACUUUUGAGGCAGGUCACGGCUCAGACUCCGGCAACAGGCUGGCUCCAUCUCAAGGCUGGCUGAUGUGUUAGGUCAUUGUUUUCCGUGUGGAACAACUCACUCCGUCAGAUGGCGUCGGCCCCCUCUGGGACACAGUGGGGAGAAAAUGAUAUUCAACUUUUGAGGGCUCAUCCAUGGCAUGCUGUGUUUUAUGGGGCUGCAACUGGUGCAGCCACAGUCCCAUUCUGUCACCCCCAUCAAAUUACACCCGCUCCAGGGGUUGGAAACUCAAGAUUACUGUUAAACAAAAACAAGCAACAAAAUGGUAUUUAUAAAUGCAAAAUCGAUGAAAAAAAAUUAUUUUAAAAAAGGCAAGGCCUUUGCUAAUCUCUACAGUACGUUUGUGGGAUAUGCCCUCACUGGGACACAUGGCUUGGCGAGCAGGUCCUGUGCUGGAUUUCAGCCCCCAAUUGCCUUUCGGUGACCACGAACUGCACAACUUGUAUGGAGGGCCUGGGAACAAAGGCUUUCCCAAGAGGAUGUGCCCUCCUGAGAGCUGGUUGGGGUUUAGGUAGUAAUAGUUAUGAUAAUGCUUUCUGUUUCACUAAAAUGCUAGUGAAUUCAUCCUUUAAACGGAAGUCAAGCACUAAAAAAGAGCUGGAGAGGGGGACACAGCUGACCACUCUCCUUCUAAGUUAAGCCAGCCUGGCUCCAGGUGAAAAGUCUAAAAGUCUGUGCCCCAGCCUUGCUAGGUAGGUUGGUUGACUCUUUUAUGGUUUUUGUCAUGUUCUAGUCAGAUGGUCUCCAAGCUCUUUUGAUUGUGUGCCCCAUCAGUAGAAAACGUUUGAGCAUGCACCUCCCAAUAUAUUUAUUUUAAAAUUAAACACAUGUACUACUGUCUUAAUGCAUCAUGUAUAUUAUAAAACAUACAUGUGACAGAAAUGGAAUAAUAAUGAGAUAGAAGCAAACAUAAUAGAUGUUCUAAAAUGCCCUUUGAGUUCUGGAGACCACUGGUCUUGUUUCCCCCUAAGUAUUACCUGUCCCAGUUUUACAUAUUUUAUCCCAUUUUACCAUAAAUUUAUAGUAACUCUUAAAGUCACAUGGCUUAGUGGUUUGAAAUAUACGGUACGAGUUUAGCCUUCACUAGCAUAUAUGUGCCUUCUCUGUUAUUCCUUUUUCUCCUCCUCUCCCAUUCUAGUGUUUUAUUCCUCUGGUUAUUCCUCCUCUGCCUGUGGCCAUGGCUUUUACCCACAGGGCAAAAGAGGUAAGGACAGGAGGGUCUGUUUCUCUUAGAAUAUACUCAGGACCUGCUCCACCCUGCCAGGGUCCUGGGGACCAGCCUCAUGGAGGGUGAGGGGACCACAUUUAGAGCAUCCUCUUGUAGGCCGGCUUGCAGAAAAUUCGGGGCAAAACUGAUUUGGGAUAUUAUUAAGUAAAGCACUGAAAUAUUUGAUUUCCUAGGAUUUGCUUGUUUUUUUUGUAAAUACACGGUAACUCACCUGGAGACAUUUGCUGCAACCUGCAGUUCUGCCAGACACAUGCCCCAUGUUCUCUCAUUUAUUGCUCAUGCUGACUCUUUGGGUGCUAAAAGAGUAGAGUGUGGAUGGAAGUGACUGGCUUCACAAUUGCAAAUGGAACAUUGGUUUUAAGGUAUAAAAGGGAGGUCCUGAAGUCUGUUCGUUUCAGGUCUAUGUUAAAGAGCUCACUGGGUCUGGGAGCAAGUGCUCAGGCUGAGUAGAGUGCCACGUUGGAAUCCCAGAUCCCUCCAGGUCUGGUAGCUCUUGUUCUAGUCCUUCCCCCCUGUACUAUGAGCUAAGAGAGCAGCUGUUGCAGCUUUGGAAGCACUGCACAACCUGGGAGUGUCAGUGCCUCUUCACAGUCCACAGGGGAAUCUGGUUGGCUUAAAUUGCUCUAUCUGGCCCUGCCCUACCCUCCAUGUAAGAACCACCAGCACAACACAAGAAACAGAGUUCUCCCAGGAUCCUCGACCCUCAUGAACCUAAAGGAGGGCGAGGGAAGAAGUUCGGGGGUCUAGUGUCAUUGUCCUCAGUGCCUUCAAAGGCUUCUCACAAGAAGUGCGACAGGGUAGCUCCAGGCCUGGCCUGGGCCAAGGGGCAGCUUUUGGAAGGCAGUACCAGAAACUGACCUGUGUCGUCAGUGUUCCAUCGGACCCUGGAGCUCCCGUCUGUACUUUUAAAGUCCUUGCAUGGACAGGACUUUAAUAAAUCUGUCUUUUUUCCAGCCAAAGCUUCUAACUCCUCUUCACUUUACCCUCUCUUCUAUUUGCUCAGAUGCUGAGAACCUAAAUGCUUUCAAAAGGUCUUUGAUGUGCACUUUCAAAUCUCUUGUCCUCUUCGCAACCAAAUCACUCUUCUCCUUCACAGCCUCAAGCAUAGCAUGCAUCAGGGUAAUUUUUUCUUUAGUUUGAGGCAAAUUUGAUAGUUUUCCAAGUAUGUUGUCUACUGGACAGUUAGGGACUUGGCUGGGAUGACUCACUUCCGCUGGAUUUGGUCAGAAUCUGAGGUCUGUAGAGAUCAAGUGUGUGACAUUCCUAGCAUAGAGCCUACUACAUAGGAUGUGAGCAAUAAACGAUUUUUUGUUGUUG